AUGUCAUACGAAUCAUCAGAUCAUUUUUAUUCAAAUCAUAAUACUCGAUCUCAACAAAUGAUGCCAUCAAAUUCAAUGGCAGGUUCACAUUUCUAUAAUAGACCACCAUCACAAUCUCCAAUGACAAAUCAUCAGCAUCAAUUGUAUGCAUCGCCUUCGUCAUCUUCGCAUCAAACAUUUCCAUCUUAUGAUGCAUAUGAGACACAGUCACGUGGUUACUAUCCAUCAUACUCCAGUGGUUAUGAACAUCAACAACGACCAAUGGGAAUAAAUUAUGGUGAUAAUCAUGCUGAGUCAUUAUCAUAUCCACCAAAAGAUAGUGGUUUAUCAUCAUCAAUCAAUGAAUUAAAUGCUAUGAUACCUUUGAAUGAUCAUCAGAAUAGUAAUGCAAUCAUGCCAAUGACACAAACAUUUCAACGAAAUGUUGGUUAUAAUAAUUCUUCUAUGAUACCAUUAUCAAGACAACAACCACAAGGUGAUCUAUAUGGUAACAACAGUGCAUCUCAAUAUUCUUUUGGUAAUCCUGCCAUGAUGAAUUCUCGUUUCCCAACACCGAAUCGAUCAUCAUAUCAAAAUGGCAUGAUACCAAACAAAGUUCAAUCUUAUCCUCAACAACAAGUACGUUAUCCAUCUUAUUCAAAUGCACCAUCAUCACAAUCAACUUGGCCACCUGUUAUUUCUGCUGGUAGUACAGAGUCUGAGUCAAAUUAUACUCGUUCACAAACAUAUAUGUCAUCAUCAUCAUCAACAAAUGAAAAUCGUUCUCAAGAUGAUGAUAAUAAUUCGAUUAAAACAAAACCAAAUAUACCUGAAUCUCCAAGCUGUACAAGCAUAUCAUCUAAUAUUCCCGAUGAUAUUGAUUCAAGUAAUUCUUCAUUUUCUGAUAGUCCAUCAAUAACAAAUGAAAAAAGUACAAAAAAAACAAAAAAUUCUCAAACAACUUCAGUAGACGUAUUUAAUAAAUUACGUGAAAUGGGUAAUGAACAAGAACGAAAUUUAUUUGUUGAUCGUUUACAAAAAUUAUGGGAAGAAACUCAUACAGUCUGUCGAAAAUUACCAACACUUUCUCGACAAACAAUUGAUCUAUAUCGUUUAUACAGUUUAAUACGUGAACAAAAUGGUUUCGAACAAUUUUCAAAAAUAGCUAAAAAUCGUCAUUGGCGUGAUAUUGCAUUAAAAUUAAACAUUCCAAAUUGUUCAACAGCUGCAUUUAAUAUUAAACAAAAAUAUAUUAAUUUAAAAUUAUUUCAUUAUGAAUGCAAACAUGAUCGAAGUGGAAUUGAUCCUGAACCAAUUUUAGCAGAUAUUACAAAACCAAAAGAAAAACGUUUCAAUAAGAAUAAUGAUGAAAAAUUAGGAAAAUCAUUUACUGAAUCAUCAUCAUCAUCAUCAAUUAAACAAACUGAGAAUGAUUCUCAUCCGUCCAAUUUAAAUAUGACUCCGCUUAUACCAAGUAUUAAUACUCAAUCUCAACAAGUGCCUACUCCAAUUAAUUAUCUCCCACAAAGAUCUGAAGAACCACCUAAAUUACAAUCAAGACCAAUGGCCGUUUCGUUUCCAUCAAAUUCUAUUGAAGCAACAACUAUUUCAGCAAAAAAUAAACGAAAAAAAUUAACCGCUAAAGACAUUCCACCAAUUGAUCCAAUGAAAUUACUAAUGUCACUACGUGGUGGUUUACUUGCUGAAACUACUUGGGCAUUAGACACAAUUAAUAUUAUGUUAAAUGAUGAUCAAACACAUACAUUUUUUCGUUUAAAACAAAUGCCUGGUUUAUUACAAGCAAUCAUUGAUAUAUAUACGAAAUGUUUAACACAAUUAUUUGAUGAAUUUAAAAUUGACAAUGAAUCAAAUUCAAAAGAAGAACUUGAAAAUGAAGAAAAACAAGAUUCUGUCAUUUAUCGAAUUGAAUCAAAUUAUUUAAAUAAAUAUCAACGAAAAUCUAUAAAACAACAGGAUGUUACUUAUGAACAUGUUUAUGAUAAUCAAGGAAAAAUAAAAGAUACACCAGAUUAUGUUUUAAAUCUUCAAAACUUAGAUGAUUUAUGUUAUAUUCAAACACAUUUUGAUCCAUUACAUAUAGAUGAUAAUUAUUAUGAAAAUCUUUAUUAUGGUCAUCAUUCUGAUGAUACAUUAUCAUCUGAUGAACAUGAUCAAGUACCAAUAAAAUCAUCACGAAAACGUAUUAAAACAUGUGAAAUAGAAAUCUCAAAUAAUAAUAAUAAUAAUAAUGAUAAUGAAGAAUUUCUUCAACGUUAUCAACGAACAUUUCAACCUGAAGAACAUUCAUUUAAUAAUAUAAAUAUCGAUUCUCAUACUAAUUCUAAUAAUCAACAGGAAAAUGCAUUAUCAAUAUUUACUCGAUAUUCAUUUGGUUAUGAUCAAAUAUGUUCUCGUUGUAUAUGUGCAUCAUCAAUAUUACGAAAUCUUAGUUUUAUAUCAGGCAAUGAUAUUGAAUUAGUUAAAUAUAAAACAUUAAUUCAUGUAUUAGCUCGUGUUUUAUUACUCAGGCAUGAUAUUAAUUAUAAUAAUGAAAAUAUACUUCUGUCAGAUAAACAAAUGAAAGAAUCAUUGAAUGAUCAAACAAUAAAUAAUUGUCAAUUAAAGAAUGAAGAUCAAAAUGCUUCACCAUCAUUUUCUUGGUCUGAAUGUGUAAUAAAUAUUCGCGAAAAUACCCUAGUCACAUUAGCCAAUAUUUCCGGUGUACUUAUUUUCGAUACAUUUGAUUCGGAUUUAAUAAAUCAAUUAAUUGAUGGUCUAUUACAUUGGUCAACAUGUUAUUCUGAUGAAGCUAUUGAUCCUUUACAAUCUUCAUAUCUUUCUGCUCAACGUUUAUCAAUUGAAAUUUUAACUAAAUUAAGUGUACAUGAUAUGAAUAUGGAUUUUAUUUUAGCAACACCACCAUUUCAUCGUAUCAUAUCUUUAUUACAUACUUUAACUAAUUGGUUAAAUGUGGAUGAUAUGAAUAAUAAUAAUCUAACAAAUUUAACUCGAUCACAAACAUAUAUACAACGUGAAUUUGCUAUUGUUCUAUUAAAUGCUUUAAUACGAUGUGAUUCAAAUAUUGCUAAUAUUAUUGCACAUGUUCCAUAUGCAAUAUCAUUAAUAAUAAAUUUUCUAGAAGAUUAUGAAAUGAAAACAAAUGAAUUAAAUACACGUUAUGGUUCGGAUUAUCUUUUACGUUUAACAAAUACUCCACAAGCUGAACAAAUAUUAUUUACAACAAAUGAUAUGUUAAAACGUGCAGCAACUUGUCUAUUAUCAAUAGUUAAUUAUACUGAGAAUAUAAAAAUAAUGAAAAAAUUUGAAGAUAGAAUAUUAAAUUUAUCUAUGUCAAAUGUAGUUGAUCGAAAUAUUGGACGAAUUCUUACAGAUAUUUUACAUUAUUGUUCAUUAUACAAUAGUUAA